CCUCAACUAUAUACGAAAACAUCAGAGAAAAACAAGAGCAAAACGCAAACCUUUCGAUUUUUAUAUUUCAUGUAUACCUAGCUCUAUACAUAGUUAGUUUCAUUACCAAAGUUACUGCUAAGGAUAAAUCAACUGGUAAUAUAUUUCAAUUUAGACACCAUUGUUGAAAGCAGAGUGUUCUGUCAAAAGGAUUUGUAGCUAAUUGAGGGAAGUCUCCAAACAAAACAAAAGAAUGAGUGCUCCAGUGCCACAAAAAGUGUAUGUUCAAAGAGAUUAUUCGGAGGGUACAGCUGUACAAUUUCAAAAGAAGUUUCCUUUGGAACUCGAGGGCAAAAUAUCUCGUCCCUUAUUUGAACAAACAAUUACAAAUGUAAAUAAAAUUUUCCUUGAAGCAGAAAGAUCAGAUGCAGCAUCAUUAUUUCAAGGAUUUUGUGCUUGUUUAACUGGAUUUCUUAUAUACUUAUGUUUUGAUACCCAGUAUGAAAAAAGCAUGAAGAAGCUAGCACAGUAUGUGCAUGAACAAAAUGAUAAUAUUUAUGGACCCAGAGGUUUAAUUCUAACAUCUCCAAUGGAGAGAGGUCUUAGAGUCAUCGAAUUUGUUAUUACAUCAAGAAAUAUUGUAAAAUAAAACAACGAUCAAGUUUUUUUAUGGGAAAUGUCUGUUUCUGAACUUGCAUGAAGAAUGUCUAAUGAGAGUUUGUGUGUUUUAAAGCUCAUUUUUUUAUAACCCAGCUAAAAAUGUUCUGUGGUAUAAUAAAAAUUCUAACCUCCAAGGCUCACCAUUCUUGAAACACUUAUAUGCUAAUUCCGCUUUUCAAAAAGUGUCACAAUGGUAUACAAAAUCCAAAUCUGUUGUUUUUAUUCAAUUCCCCACCAACAUUCAUCGGACAAAUUUUGUAGCAAGUCAAGAUUUCUUUCCUAAUGAAAUGUUGUAUUGUAUAUAUGUGUUAUGAGCGUCUGUUACAUCUGCAGUUUAUCCAUAAAGCAAUAUUGACGCAAGCUAAACUUUACUUACUUUAGAUAUCAUAUGGGUAGUCUUUUUCAAGUGACAUUACUUGGAUUAAUGUGCAAUUUGUUGUUUUAUUUUUUUGUUUGAUUUUUUCACGUCAGUAAAUGCCGAUUGUCUAGUGCCAAUGUGAAUUAGAAAGACUGACUGCUACAAUAGCCAUUGUUUUUUAUGGAAUUCAAAUUUACCUAUGUCUCACCAAUUAUAUGCUAUCAAUUUUCUCAAUUUUCUAAUGUCAUUUUGUGUCACGAGUCUUCUUUAUGUAUUUUUUUAAUUAUAUUUUGUAUUAUACGAUAGUGCUUGAUGUUUUCAAAAUUAAAAAAAUGUUGAUAUAUCAACACUAUGUAUGAAUGUGUUUCUACACAACAUAUGGGUCAGUAUUAAAAUUAUUCUUUGGAAAAUUAUAUAGUUUUAUUCAGUUUUCUAGCUAAACUAAUUGUGGUAUAUAGUUGUUAUUGCAUAAGCUGUAUAGGAAGGAAAGCAUGGGUCCAUUUAUAUUUUUAAUAAAUUUGUUUGUCUAUUAUUAUGAUGUUUUACUUUAAUAAAAUAUUUUUAUUCAUA